AUGACUGGCAUUUUGAAGAAGUUCUUCAAGGGAAGACAUACUGUGAAAGAUUCAUUUCUGGAGAGAGAAGCGGAUGACAGAAGAGCAAGGAGAAGUAACAGUAGGGCUGCUCGGUUUGACCAACAGAGUGAACCAAGCCCAGCUGCCGCUUACCAUACGGAGACUCAACCUCGGUCGCACAGAGGGGCCCAAUCUUUUGCAGGUGCGAACUUGUCUGAUGAAGGCGACAGAUACGAAUAUUUCAAUAGAUCACUUGAAUUAAACAGAGUUCGAGAAGAGGUAUAUAUGGUUAUACAAUCUACCGUUCGUCUUUACUUCUUGCAGGAGUUAUCACGUAGGCGAAGGUCUUUUAAAAGUUGUCAUAGGAAACGAGGUAUCUCGGAAUAUCAAAACGAGAAUCAUCGACCGACUAGUUCUUUGCAUGAGCCAACACUGGACGAUACAGAGUCUGAUUCUUGGGCAAUAGAAAGAGAAAAAAGAAAUUAUGAAUUGGAAAGAAAAUUACAAGAAGAGCGUGUGAUCAUCAAAGAGUAUCGGGAACGUUUUAAGAUGGAACGAGACUUACGUGUCACGAAAGAAAUGGAGUUAAGAGAAUACCGUGAACGUUAUAAAAUGGAACGAGAGCUUUGUGCUGACAAAGACAGAGAGCUUCUGGCAGUGAAAGACGAAUUGAGAAGAGUAAAGAAGCAGAAGAAGAAGCUUGUGAAUAUUGUAAACAUUAUGCAGGCAAAGUUAAACUUUUCUGAGCAAAGUGGGGCAUACGAAGCCAUGUUUCCGGCACCAAAGUCAGAUGAUGUAGCUGGAGCUGGAGAAUCCCUUUGCGCGGAUAAAGCAACAAACGUUCCAGGAUCUUCUACAUUUAGCACAUCUACUCUGCAUAAUACUUCUGACUUUGCUGAUGAGACUAAAAAUUUUCGCAGGGUUACUUCUUUCGAUACUGAAGUCCCCAGGGACUUUGAUCCUACUGGUUUUACAACAGAUCCUGAGGAACAAGAACGGAUUACUCUUCGAAAUGAUAAUUUUCAUGACUUUUCGAUGAAUUCUGGUGCUGAAGAUAGUCGUCGGGUUCACAGCGAUUCCAAUCUUCAGAAAUUUAUCUGGUCAUUUAGCAUUUAA